AUUGUGCACAUUAUAUAUUACCCUAUGAGAACAUUUAUGGACUUUGGCUUUGUAGUUCAUGUUCACGUUUUCAAUAUCCAUAGAGGAAGUAUCGCUUUCAGAGAUCAUCUAAAAGCAGGCCAUGACAUCUCUCAGUCUUCUCUCUGUCCUAAAUCUCAUUUCCAUUCUCAAAUUUCAGCCAUGGACCUAUAUUGUAGUAAUCCAGGAGAUGAGAAAAAAGGAUAUAAGGAGAUCUCUUUAAAAGAAAAUCAAGAUUAAGUUAAUUUAGUUGACAGUACUACAAAAGAUUUCACUAGUCACUUAUUAUCUUAUCGACCAGAUCGAUGAGAUCUCUUCCCUGGUCAGCAAGUGUCAUUUAAAUUCAUAGAAGAGAGAAAAAGUCUAGUAAAAUAUUUAUGACACGAAUAUUUCAAGAUCUUUUGCCUUUGCUAUAAGUUUAUAACUGGUAUUAAGAUGUAUCGCGCAAAUCAAAAUGGUCAGCCGCAGAGAGGAGACGUUACAGACAGACUUUGUCAGAAUUGUCACAGUCAAGGAAGGCAGAUUAGCUCUACAAGUCAAAUGACAAUCUCAGAGCAGUUUAGACAAUCAUGGCUCACAGCUAUAAUUGGCUCCAUUAUGUUUGCCACUGGAUUGUGUCUUCUAUUUUGGAAUGAGGGAAGGGCAGUGAAAGUGGCACAUUCUUUAGAUGAGGCUUUACGCAAUGUAAUUGUGCUUCCUAAUUCAAUGGUACUGUCACCUGAAUAUGAAGGACGCUUGAUACAUCUGUCGGGGCCUUUGAUGGUUUUUGAACCAUUAAUUGAGCCAGAUUACGGAGUUGUUAUGUCCAGCGUGAAAUUAAAAAGAAGAGUUCAGAUGUAUCAGUGGGUUGAAAUUGAGGAAGAGCAAAGUUUUGGUGGAAUAGCAGAAGAUGAAAAGCAUUAUUAUUACACGACAGAAUGGAAGGAUAAACUUAUAGAUUCGGAUCAUUUCUAUAUUCGUACUGGUCAUCAUAAUCCAAAGGAAAUACCAAUCAAGAGCCAAAUACAGAUCGCGGACGAAGUGAGGAUUGGCGCGUUUGUUCUCAGCAUGGAAUUGAAGAAGAAAUUUAGUGACUUUGUAGAGAUUACCAGUGACGAGAGACCAGAGCGAAAGGACAUUAAGAUGCAUUCUGGAUUAUAUUAUCAUAGCGCAGAUUUAUGGAAUCCACAAGUGGGUGAUAUCAGAAUACAAUUCUCCUAUGCAGGAAAAAGUGGUGACAUUUACUCGGUGGUUGGCUUGCUAGAGAAAGAUACUAUCAAGCCAUAUUACACAUCCCAUGGUGAAGAGAUCUUACUUCAACGAAAACAUAAAAUAUCAGUGGAUCAAAUGUUUCAUUUAGAGCAUGUAAACAAUUACUGGCGUACUUGGACCAUUAGAGGACUUGGUUGGUUGGUCUUGUUUGUGGCAGCAACAUGUUUAGCAAAUAUACUAAAAACCAUUAUAUUAAAUUCGACUUUCCUUUGCGGAAUAAUAGCAGUCGAAUCUUUGACUAUAUCAGUUUCCAUGUCCAUCAGUUUGCUGGUGAUCGGCUUCGCUUGGGUAUGGUAUCGACCGGUAAUCGGUCUCUGUUUAGCAUUAACGUCUGUUCUGCCAUUUAUUUACUCGACAAUGACAUCAGGAUCUUCAUCUCAACAGCGUGAUAAUUAUAGAAGGCUGUAAAUCAUACUUCUUCUUUCUGUAUCUUUUAUAUUUUAUAGCACCAAAGUAUUGUAUGUUGUAAUCUUUUGAAUGCUUUUCCUAAUUAAUCAUUUUCUGAUGCUGUUUUAUAACAUGUCUUCCAAGAAAGCAUAUUCUAAUUAAU